UUACAAAUCCAUCAUGGUUUCUUAAACUUUCUUUUUAAUGUUUAUUAUAAUUUAUAGUAUCAGUGUAUCACAGAAAUGCAGAAGUACAAAACAAUAUUUCAUUUACUCAAUAUUUUGAUUUUUGAAUUUCGAAAUCUAUUCUGUGAAUGGGUAAUACGACACCAGUCGUUAAGUCCUUACUCGCCUACUCUCAACUCGCCCCCGUAGCGAUAAUAUCAAUAUUCUGAUCUGUGUGGUCAACUGUCCGUUAUUAGACGUAGUUGUCAUCUCGUUGUCAAUGGUUUUGCGGAUUCUAUUGUCUUGACAUCGGUGCACUGGUACCUAUAUCAUCACAAGGACGGAUCAUGGCCCGGCGUUGGAACGAAACCAGUUGCAAUGCACCAGCUGCUGAUGCCGCCAAUUUCAGACCCGCUGAGCCAUCUUCAAACCAAUCCCCACGGAAUAUACACAGUAUCGCGCAAAUAAGCUUCUCCAGUUAUGGUGUUGGUGGCACGUCAGCAACACCAAAUACUUACGUCUCUCCAGUCGCACAUUUUGAACCAGUGCAAAGAUUUGAGCCGGAGGUUGAACGUAUUGCCAAGCAUAUUCAGAGUAUUUGGGCAACUUGGAAACAAAGUAAAGUCUUAACUGAUACACUGAGUAGUUUUUUUAAAUCCAGUCCCAAUCCGUACACUUCCUUAUUACAAUUGAUAAAUAUCAUAUCAGAAGACAGACUCAAGGGUAAAGCUACUUCAAUGGCUCAUACGAUAACGGAAGAAUUUUACAAAUGGAUAAAAUAUAAUGAAAGUGAAUAUGAACAUGUUUUAACUGAGGAAUUGAAAAUUCAAGCAUUUAAAAUGGUACUUGAAAAGAAAAUAAGCCCGAACACAAUAAACACAAUUGUUAAAAUUUUUAAGUGUAAUACACAUUUAGAUUGUAUGGAAGAAUUAAUCAGGGAUUCAAUUAAACAAAAAAGAUUUAAAGAGGCCUGUUAUGCUAGUAUAAGUUUAAAUAUACAAGAUAGAUUUACUGUUGAAGAUUUUUUACUUCCAUUGUUUUUCAUGAAUUUGGUAUGUGUAACAGAAGAAUUUUUAGUGACCACUAAAUUUCAACAAACCGCUUUGGUAAAAUAUCUUGAUGAUUUAUUAGUAGAAAAUGACGAUUGCUUAUACUUCUUAGCCAAUCGCCUAAAUGUUACACAAUCAAAUAAUAAUUUUUCUAAUAAAAGUCAAAUCAAGACAAAUCUAACACGGAUAAUGAAAAAAUAUAACAUUCCAAACGAAUUGGCUCCUAACAUUACUAGACAAAAGAAGAAGGGAGCUUUAGUGUACUUGUUUCGUCGUUAUCAAUCUGGUGCUACUGGUAUUCACGCUUGGAGAGAAAUGGCAUUAGAAUCAAUUGGCAAUGAUGAAACAAUGAUGUUGGAAGUGGUUAAGAUGUUAGAACAUUUUGGAGACAUUCAAGAGUGUAUAUAUUUUGCCCAGUUAUUUGCUAUUGACCCAUCAUUAUUGCCACCAACCAUACAACAGGAGUUACUUUUCUGUGAAAACGCAAGUGCUGGUAUUGAUCUAUCAAUACCAACUGAAGAAUACAAUACUACAGAAUAUCAUGACUUAUCGUUGCCUGAUAAACAAAUACAUAUAAUUGAUUGUGCAACAAAGUUUAAUGAAUUUUUAGAUAAAAUUAACAUUGAGUUAUUUGAUGCACAUUUGGAUGUUUUUGGUUUGGACUGUGAAUGGAAACCAGAACUGACAAGUGAUAAAAGUGAUUUAGCAUCCAUUCAGCUAGCUACUAUUGAUUCAGUUUACAUUUUUCAUUUACCACAACUGCAGCCAGCUGAAAGUUUUAAGCUUCAUUGGCAAGAAUUUUCUAUGAACAUAUUCAGUAAUAUAAAUAUAUUAAAAUUAGGUUUUGAAUGGAAAGGAGAUGCGUCAAUGAUUAGAUCUUCAUUACCAAUUGAUAACAUACAGCUCCACGGACCUGGAUUUAUUGAUAUUAAGUUGUUAUGGAAAGAACUAGAGACUAAAUGGAAUUUUCAGCUUCCAUUUCAAAGUUCAAAUGAAGACAUAACCUAUAAUAGUCUUUCGGAUUUAGUGAAAUUAUGUUUUGGAAGACCAUUAAAUAAGACUGAACAGUUUUCAAAUUCCGAAAAAUACCAUUACGGUCAAAUCAAAUUAAAUAUGCCGCUCUAGAUGCUUAUUGUUUAUUAGAAAUUUACAAUUUAUUCAAAACAAAAUGUGAAACCAGUAAUAUUCCAUUUGACGAAGUGUGUCAAAAAAUAUCAAAUAAUGACCAUCCGGAUAUGAUGAAACCUAAGCCAAAACAUAAAAAA